AUUAAUCAAACAGAAGGUCCCAGAAGUCUUGUAAUGUUUAAUCUCAAAUCUGCAGAGUUUAUAUAAAUGCAGCACUUUAUUCAUUUCUUAAUAUUGUGGUUUGCUUAAUAAUCCACACAACACUUUCACUUUGUGUUCUCAAUGUCUGCCUUCUGUCAAUUGUCAGUGAUCAUUCUGUUCUGUGCUUCCCUGACAUCUGCUCGUCCACAUAAACAAGUAUCCGAAGGCAUUCGAUGGAGCUCGAUGAAGAAUGUGAGUGAUGCAGGGGGGACAGAGUCAUGCAGAACAGGGAACCCUAUUGAUGAUUGUUGGAGAUGUGAUCCGAAUUGGGAAAGCAACCGGAGAAUGCUGGCUGAUUGUGCUGUGGGAUUUGGACGCAAUGCAAUAGGUGGCCGAGAUGGAGAAAUCUAUGUUGUAACGGACUCUGAGGACGAUGAUCCCAAGAAUCCUAGUCCAGGAACACUCAGACAUGCAGUGAUCCAGGAUGAGCCACUCUGGAUCAUAUUUGAUCGCGACAUGGUCAUAACAUUGAAGGGUGAACUCAUAAUGAACUCGUACAAGACUAUAGAUGGCAGAGGAGCCGAUGUUUCCAUUUCAAGUGGACCGUGCAUUACUAUACAAAGUGUAACAAAUAUUAUCAUACAUGGCAUUUUUAUUCAUGAUUGUGUGCCUUCUGUGGCCAAUUCGACUGUCAUUGAUGGACCGGAUCACUAUGAAUUGAGGGGCGCUGCAGAUGGCGAUGGCAUAUCCAUUUUUGCAGGGAGAGAUAUCUGGAUUGAUCACUGUACCCUGACAAACUGCAGGGAUGGACUCAUUGAUGUCGUUUAUGGGUCGACGGCCAUCACUAUCUCUAACAAUUAUAUGUUUGAUCAUAAUGAAGUUAUGCUUCUAGGUCAUCACGACGACUUUUUGCCUGACAAGAAUAUGCAGGUCACGAUUGCUUUCAAUUACUUUGGCGAAGGUCUCGUUCAAAGAAUUCCCAGAUGCAGACAUGGAUAUUUUCAUAUUGUGAAUAAUGUGUAUACGGGUUGGAAAAUGUAUGCUGUGGGAGGAAGUGCAAGUCCGACAAUCAACAGCCAAGGAAACCUUUUCAUUGCUUCAGAUAAUAAUUUUGCAAAGGAGGUAACGAAGCGCGAUAACACGAAAGGAUACGAGGAGUGGAAGGACUGGAACUGGAGAUCGGUAGGGGAUGUGUUGCAGAAUGGUGCUUACUUUAGAACUUCUGGUCAGCAAACUCCCCAGAGCUACGCCAAAGCGUCUAGCUUGGUUGCAAGACCGGCUUCAGAAAUCGAAAAAAUCAUUCCUACAGCUGGAGUUCUCGAUUGCACAAUAGACCAGCAUUGUUGAAAAUUAUGCAACCAUGUAUUUGUCGUUCCAUCAUCCUGUUUUUCUCGUGAUCUCGUAUAAUACGAGAUUAACAUUGUUUCGGUGUAAAUCAAUUUAAGUGGGUUUCAAAAACUUUUUGAAAAAUUUUAUUUGAC